AACCAACCGGCAGUGCUUCGGGACUUGCUUUUCGAUUUGAAGCGUUUUUGAUUUUUGCUGUCCACCAAUGUUUUAGCUCCUGUUUUCAUUCCUUUUUCUCUCGUUUCCUUUUUUUUUCAUGUUUUAUUUAUUUAUUUUAUUUACCCCCUCCCCUCCUGCGUCCGCCCAUAGCGUCCAGCUCUGGGCUGUGCGACGUUGUCUCGGCCAGCCGACGCCGCGCAUCCCUUGGACUGAUUCGCGAAUCGACUGCGAUUAGGGCGGUGCCCCCCCGAAGCUGGAGUGAUCGAGUCGUUGCAGGUAGUGGAGGUCAAAGCAGAGCACAGCUGUGCUGCUUGUGGUUGUGCCUGUGUAUUUUUGGCGUCCUGUGGCUGCUAGCGUGAGGGAUAUGGACGCCAUCGCGUUGCUUGCUUGGGCUUGGCAGCUCGUUGCGCGCUGCAACCAUCACGACCCCCUGCCUUGCACCCCAUUCCCGUCUCGGGCAGGCCACCACCCGGAGAAUUUGUGAAGGCCAGUAUAAAGUCUAAAUGCCGCCCUUGCCUCCCAUAGCGGCACAUGGCUCUUUCCCGCCGACCUCGUUCCUUCUCAAUGCCCCUGUGCUUGUCCCUCCUGCCUGCACUUAUAUUUACUGGUACAACGUACCUACUCAGCGUUCGCAUCAGGACCCCUACAUAUCGAGUUGCCCGCUGGCCUGAGUUCCUGGCUUUUCCUGGCCGGCGCCCUAGUUGCACAAGAGCUUCCUACUUGUGCGAGGCGCGGCAGGGAUCCGUGUUUAUAUUGACCUCGCAUCGUGCGCCCACUCAUCCAGCAGAGUAGCAAGAAGCGGCAUGUCUGCGUGUGACGUGAGCUACGCGUGAUAGUGGGAACAACACGAAGGGAAAGCUAGAGGGUCGAGGGAUGUGCACAGCGUCCGGUCUAGGUCCCCAGCCGCUGGCGUUUGCUCCACAGCCGUUGCUGGACUGUCCCCAGCCGAUUAAAUCCAGCCCGUUCCGCACAUCGUCUCGUGCGUCCACCUCUGCCGGUGGAAGCCAGAGCAGUGCCUCAACGAUAUGGGGUGCAACUUUCCCGAAAUUCUUGCAUGGGACCUCGAGAAAUCCGAAGCCAUCUUCACCUUCAGGCACAUGACAUCGGGCACUCCAAGCUCGGCAGUAGCCGCCGUCGACCGGGAUCUUCACUACAACCUCCACGACAUGACGCCGAGUUCAGACGAGCCCUCUUCUCCCUGCAGGCCGCGUGACCUUAAAAGGGUGCGUUCCUCACGGGGACUCCGAGACCUCGCCGAGGAGAGCGAGCCCGAGUUGCCACCGCCGCCCCUGUCUCCCACAGCGCUGGGGAAGCGGCCACAACUGCCGCAGCUACUACAACAGCAAGAACGCCCACGACCCCGCUUGGCCCUUGUGGCCCAAGCCGACCGCCGGCCUUUUGUGGACGAUGCUGAGGACGCGGUCGUGUUGCCCUGGCUGUCAGAACAUGGCCCUGGCAGUUCCUCCAGCAAGAGCUGGGUAGACCUGGAGCCCGAUUUUCCCGACACCCAAGGGAGAGACUCUAGCUUUGGCACCCAUGUCGGCCCUGUUGGCCACGCCUACACGCCCACUCACGCUCCCGAACCCGCCCCGUCAAUCUCCGACGUGGCGUCGCUGGUCCAGGGUGGCCUAUCGGUCCCUCGCCGUCGAUCGUCCCUCCGCCAUGGCCGCUCGCCAAAGCCGCUUGAAGACUAUCAUUUCAUCACGGAUGGCGCCACGAGGCCAUCUCUCGACUUUGCCAGGAGCGAAACACCUCGCUCCCCCUUGUCUGCCACAUUCAACGACAGAUCACACUACACCAUCGCUCUUCGCCCUAGGAAUGGUGGCCAACAAGUAGAUGACCAGCUGUCUUCUGUGUAUAACUCGGGGAGCCUGCCGGCCUCUGACUCUGGCGACGGCGAGAAACGCUCAGGUGAAUACCGUGGCAGCUCCGAGGCUAGUCGCAAGACGGGCAGCAAGAGCCCCAAGGCCGUGCGGUGGGACGGCCCCGCCGACGCCGACGUCAGCCUAGACCCCACCGUUGGAAUGGCCUUUGCCUCGCCGCUCCGCUCGGCCCCAGACAUGGGAGCGCCGGCACCGCCUAUCCCUCUGCCCCCCGAUGUCAUUGAGACGCUGAUGGUGUCGACGGCGUGCUUCCCAGAGACGAUGCUCCUUUGCUCGAGCCUCUCGAUCGAGACCAUCAGGGCCUAUUCACGAAAGUUACGGCGACUCAAUUCUCCCGAAAACGCAGAGGCCCGCUCGCUUUUAUUGGCAACCCCGAGCCUCUCGUCUGCCUCGCUCCCGACAUGUACGCAGUCGCCAACAUGGCCUCACAAACGAUGGCGACUGGCAAACAUCCUGCCCAGAAAGUCGUCGGUGAGCCUGGGCUCCCACCACGAGGGCUCAUCAUUCCAGUUCCGCCACGACCGUCACGGGCAGCAUCACCAUGCACUCCGUGGUGACCUCCCCACAAACAAGAAGCCGGCAAGGACUCACUAUCAGGGCUCGCUUGUCUGCCCGGACUUUGCUCGUUUCAGGACAGUCUUCCCAGGGGCCGCCGACUACCUCUGCGACGCGCUUUACGCCCACAUAGUAGCGUACAACUACAUCGUACUGCUUUGCGAUGCCGCUGCGGCUGCCGCAUUAGCAAACAUGGCAUCCGCCCCAGACCAAUAUCCCCGCCCUUCCUUCUCCAGCAGCCCGUCCUCCCCCUUGCGCCGCGGGAGCGCUACUAGCAGUAGCAGCAGUGGUGGCGGCGGCAACGACGAGAGCAACCGCAGGAUACCCAAGAAGGCGGCGCAUCUCCUUGGUCUUCAGCAGGGCGCGGCCGGGUCGACCGCUACCCCAGGGAGGCCAGGCACGGCGACCUCGGCGCCGCCCGGCACGGGGACGGCUACCCAGGCGUCCAUCGUCCGGGUCCACGCCACCGAGCUAGGCAUAGUGGACCUGGGCGGGACGGCCAGCGGCGCUGCCAGCAUCGCGAGCGGCCGCCACCGCCGGACACUGACCAUGGGCAGCGGCAGAGUGGGGAACAGGCUGACAUCCAAGCGCCGCGGGCGCGAUGGGUCCAUAGCCUCGGCGCCGCCGCCGUCCCGAGGCGGUGCUGUCCCAAACGGCGGCGGUGGCUACAGUAACAAGGCGCAGAACGGGCCCGAGUCGGAGGCUUCGCUCCGCAGCCUCCGGGACGCGCUGGGGCGGUGCGUGGUCAAUCUCAUCACGACGAUCAAGCUGACCACGGAGGGCUCCGCCCCGACCCCGGUGGCGGCCGGGUCGGGAGCAGGGAGCGGAGGCAGCAGCAUUCGGGGAACGGGAGGCACGAUGAGGUAUGACGGCGUCGAUCCCUGGCUCGUCCGCGCGCUGUGCGAGAUGGUCCGGUGCUGCGAGGAUGUCGGUUGAGUUGCCGCUUUCCUUUGGGCCCCUCAUCCGCCUCAACUGGUCUGGAACCGUCUUUUCUUGUUGCUACCUUUCACACUCGCGUGCAACUUUGUGUUAUUGGGGUUUUUUUUUUAAUGAGGACGUCCGUCGCUUAAUGCUGUUCGUUUUCUCUCUAGCCAUGCCGUAUAUGGCUCUCACCCUUGUUGGAAAAUAUCAUGAGAUUACAUGCCUUGAUUCUUUUGUACGUCGUGUCGUUCCUUACCCCCAUCCGACACCUAAGCGCACCUAAGCGCCAUUUUUGCGUGGUGAUAUCAACUUUUGUC